GAUAUUCUGGAGUUGUUCGGGAAGUGGUUCGUCCAAGACCUCCCAGAUGCGAGCGCCAUCGCCAACUUCGAAGACGCUACGACUCGGCGGCAGGACGGCCCAAUACAGAAAAUUCAGAAGGGCAUCGCCAACAAGUGCUACACGCAUCUCCCUGUCCAGCUGGAUCGGAAGCCCUCCGACGAUACGCUGGAGCGUUGGCGGAGAGUUCUGUGCACGACCUACGCAGGGCGGCCCGACGCAGGUGAGAUAGGCGAGAACAUGGAGGUCCUGGCGGAGAGCGUGGUGAAGAACUGCAUCAGCGGUGCUACGUUACCCUGCAGGUCCAACUUUAGGACGGAAGCAUUGUAUUUGUCAUGGGGGUGUUGCGCCAUAUACUGGGAGCUCAACCCUGCGUUGCCGUCUAUUGUGGGCGACCCCAGUGACGUCAACUCCUUGAGAUCAUGGGCGCGGAGGUUCAUUGUUCUCAAACUGGAGAGCCAGUUCACGCCAGACGAGAACAACGUCGACGUGGCGAGCAGAUGCUUUCUGGAGGGCCCAUCGCUUGAACAUUUCCUCGAAACCCAGGAAGCUCGAUACGCCUACGUGCGCUACUCCAUGCUGCCGCGGCGGAUGAAGUAUUCCAGGAAGGCCAUGUUGACAACCCUGAUCAACGUCAACGACCGCGUCAAGGCAGACACCGUCGCCUUCGUCAAACGAAUGGCAAACG